CAGAGAUGAGUACAGUAAUAAAAAAAUAUAUUGCAGUAUAUAUUGCUAAGUAUUGGUAAAGCUCCGUUUAUAGACAGUACUAUAUAGAAGAUCUAUGUCACAAGUUAAGAAGGUGGGAAAGCCACAGACAUCCCGAAAGGGGAAGAAAGCUUGGAGAAAGAAUAUUGAUAUUGAAGAUGUUGAAAGUGGAUUAGAACAAGCUCGUGAAGAAGAAAUAAUAAUUGGGAAGAAGAAGACUAAUAAGAGUCAAGACAGUAAUGAAGAAGAAGUUGAUUUUAUUAUUGAUGAUAAACCUUCCGUAUCAAUUAUUAAUAAGGCACAAGUUAAAAAAUUGAAAUCUACCGAAAUUUUAACUAAUAAGUCUAAAGUUCCAGCAUUAAUUAGUAAAAAUAAGAAACAAGAUAAAAAGAAUAAUACUAUACAGGGAGUUAAAAGAACAGAAUUAUUAAGAUUAAUUAAAUUAAAUGGUGGGAAAUAUAAGGAAGAAUCUAAGAUUCUUAAUAGAAUUGAAAAAGAUGGAUUAAUUAAUGUUGAAAAUAGAGAUAUUUGGGGAUCAGAAGAAGUACAAGUUACUCCAGUAUCAAAUUUCUCAUCUACCGCAGAAGUUACUCAAGCUAAAGUUGUACCAAAGACAUUGAAAUAUCAACCAGUUAAAAUUAUUGAAAAUGAUUUAAGUAAUAAAAUAAUUGAUGCUGGUAAAUCAUAUAAUCCUUCAUUAGAGUCUUGGAAGGAAUUAAUUAAUAAGGAAUAUUCAGUAGAAUAUAAACGAGAAUUAGCUAGACAAGAAAUUCAAGAUUAUCAAGAAAAGAUAAAGGAUUUAAUAAAUACUUUGGAUGAUGUUGAAUCUGAUAGUGAUGAUGAUGAUGAUGAAAAAGAUGAAAAAGAUGUAAAAGAUGAUAAUGAACAUAUUAGUACUAAUGAUGAAAAUUAUAAAUUAUCUAUCAAUAAACCUACCCAAAUUAAGAUUAAGACUAAAACCAAGAGAAAUAAAGAAGCUAGACAUAAACAAAGAGUUAAAUUAGAACAAGAAUUAAAAGAUUUAAAGAAACAAGUUCAAGAUUUACAUAAAUUAGAUGAAUUACUUGAGAAACAACAAGUUCAAGAACUUGAAGCUCAAGCUGAAGCUGAAAAGAAAUCAGGAAAGAAAUCUACUAGUGUAAGAAAGGGUAAAUUAUUUAAAUAUAAUGCGGUUCUGACCCCAUUAGAAGUUAAAUUAUCUGAUGAAUUAACUUCUAAUUUAAAGAAUUUAAAACCUGAAGGUAACUUAUUCUACGAUCAAAUGUUAAGUUUACAAUCAACUGGUAAGAUUGAAACUAGAAUUCCAGUUUCUAAAAGGAGAAAGUACACUCCUAAAGUUACUGAAAAAUGGACUUAUAAAGAUUUUAAAUAAGUAUAUAUAUACAUACUUAAAGAUUUGCAUUACUUGUACAAUAGACAGACUUCUUUUAAAUUUUAAAUUUUAAAUUUUAAACUUAUUUUGAAUGUUCGUAUAAUAAUAAUGAUAAGACGUAAUAUACAAAAGGUCGUAUAUAAUAUAUAAAAAAAUGGAAAUGUUAAUGAUAUAAAAUAUAAAUAUGCAAGACAUGACAUGACAUAUAGUCAUAAAAUGAAGUGAUUCUUUGACCACGAGAAUCUAAUUAGAAUAUGAAUAUAUGAUAGUGAUAAUUAAUUCCUUAUGUUUAUGAAAAGUCCCAAUUACCAGUAACAUAACCUCUAUACAAUCUUUCUCUAAAUGUGAAGAAUUGAUCUCUGUAUGGAGUAUAAUAUCUUUGUAAAACAGGUGUGGCUGUCUUGAAAUGAUCUGGAGCUAUAGGAUCACUUGUCUGUCCUCGAGGUACACCAGUUAAUAAGAAAUCUCUCUUCAUCAUU